AUGGGGGAUGGCAAAAUUAAGGGCAAUCUUAUCUCCAAAGAACCAGACUGGUCUAUCCGACCCGAUGAAAACUUGCUCCCCCCAGGCCGUGAUUCGCUUUGGCCGGAACUCGUUUUAGAGACAGGAGUAUCGGAGAGCCUAAGUGAACUCAUGAAAGACGCUAGGUUUUGGCUAUCAAACAGCAUUGGUGACAUGAAGAUGGUCCUAGUCAUAUCAGUGAACUCAAAAGUCCCACACAUCAGAUAUCGAUGUGUGGUGGUUUCGAGCACAUCCGUCGGCCGCAAUGGGUGUGUUCAAUAUGUUUAUUCAACGCGACACGAGAUGGAGCAGACUAGGGAUGCCACUGGAGCUGUUGUAACUACGAAUGGCCCAAUCACCAUUCAUUUCGACGAACUUUUUCUCCGGCCACCCGUUGCUCCCGAAGCGGAUAUCACUUUGGACUCCGUGAAUUUGGAUCGUAUGGCGCGCAGCAUCUGGAACAGUGUCCUCAAGAUUUAA